AACUGACAUUGCUUUCUUCAUCUGUGACCCCCCAACAUACGAAACAAGCUUAAGCUAAGCCCGCGUUGACGCUCUUUCUCUGCCACCGACAUUCACCAUUACGCAGAUUGCUGCACAUACAGCACAGUCAUCAUGGCACAACCAAUGGCCAUUACGGCAGCCGACACCGAGUUUUGCGAGGCGACACCAGAGCAACGAGAGCUGGCAUGGAAGCUCAACGGCGCUGCUUGGGCCCGACCCAUGUCCAUUGAAACCUACGUUGCGCGGGAAAUCCACCUUUCGGAACAGGAGCUUACCAAGGAUGGGAGCUGCAAGUACUGGGUACUGCACCUGAAGGGAUAUCCACGGCAGAUCAUCGCGAGUUGCGAAACCACCCGGAAGAAGGUCUUGAUUUCAGAAAACGGCGUUUCGCGGGAGGGCUACGGCUAUGGCAUUGCCAGUGUGUACACCAACCCAGACUACCGCCGCCAGGGCAUGGCCGCAACCUUGCUCCGCCACGUGCAAAAGGCCAUGGAUCGUGACAGCGAUCUCAGCGUCUUGUACAGCGACAUUGGUCGGCAAUACUAUUCAAACCUGGGCUGGCAUGUUUUCCCCAGCGAGGAAGUCACUCUUACCUACAUUCCGCCUGCCUCGACUAGUGGCAACGAGGCACCCGCCCUACAACACACUCAGCCCGACAGUAUACGGUACCUGCGCCUCGAAGAACUGCGUACUCUUUGCGAGGUGGACGAGCUUCAUCUCAGCGCUCGCUUCGAUCGAUUUCCAACCGACGGAAAAAGACACGUCGCAUUCUUGCCCAGCUUCGCCCAGAUGUCGUGGCAGGUAGCGCGGGCCGAGUUCGUAGCUGGAAAGCUGUUGAACGGAAAGGCACCAGAAAAUGUUGGAGCCAUUACUAGUCACGGACGCGCAUGGAUCUACUGGGACCACGACUGGAAGUCGAAGAAGCUCAAGGUUCUGAAGAUUGUCACAGUGCUGGAAUCGACACAGCAACAGCGCAUUCAUGACAUCAGGGUCCUUGUGGAAGCCGCCCUGGUCGAGGCAACCACGUGGGGUCUGGAGACCGUGUUGUUGUGGAACCCGGAUGAGGAGACGGCGCUGGGUUGCAAGGCCGUGGGUGAUGCGCAUCCCCACGAUCUCGAUGUCGUGUUCGAUGAGAGGAUUGACGACAGUAUCCCGUCUCUGCGGUGGGCUGGCGGGAAACACACGGAUACGGUGUGGGAAGACAACUAUUACUAUGGCUGGUGCUGAAGUCGGCUGGCUUACUUCGCCUUUGGAUUGACCCCGUUGUAUUUUUCCUCGGUUCUUUUCUCGCUAUCAAUCAGCUAUGGGUUAGCCAGGACAGACAUGGAUGAUACGGCUCCAGCAAAACCUAGAUA